UGCACUUCUUUUAUAGUUACUCCUUUCUUUUUAAAUAAGGCGGGGUGGGGGGAAAUCUCCCACUAAACUUUUCCCUUUUCGGAAGGCGGGACUGGAACAAUACCCGAUGCAUUGUUUAAAUGUAAAACCUCCAGCGCCUUUUUCAUGUAUUUAUUUAUAUAUACUUUUUUUUUUCCGGUAGGGUUUUAUUGCCGCCGCUGUUGUGAUAGCGCUUUCCCCUCUUGUGUUUACAGCUUCUGUGAGGGAGAGACGCUGAGACGAAGAACCGGGAUCCCUAGGCUGCAUAAACAAGGAGAGCAGGAGUCCAUCUAAGCAAAGCUGGAAGGAUUUCACCUUGUUGCUGUUUGUUUAGGGAGAUUAUCCCUCCUCCCUCCUCUCCCCCCCGCCCCGGACGCUCUCCAGCUGAGCGUUUGUUUCGUUGCUGCCUCCACAGCCGGCCAGAAAAACAGCGCUUUACAUGUUAGAGGUGAUUUUUUAUCGUGGUGUGCCUGCAAGAGAGACAUCGGCACCAGUGUUCGAGGGGGAGGAGGGAGAUGCGAUCGGCUGAGGUUUUCCCUACCUCCGGCUGAACGUGAGAGUUCAAGUGACAUCGCCGCUGGCCUGUGGCGGACUGACUGCCCAGCGAGCCGGAAUCACAGCCAGAGCUGCUGGGUUUACCUGCCCGAGGACCCUUCAGACCCUCCUGUUGACGAUAGAGAUUUGUAUCCAAAGGAAAAUCGGAUUAAUAUAAACUAUGCAGAGCUUUGCGGGGAUAUCUGGAGACUACCCUGUCUGCAUGGCUAAUCUUGAAAUUGUCUGAAAUAAAUCCUUAGUGCAAGGAAUAACAAGAUACUUUCAAUUAGUUGGUGGUGGGUUGGGUUUUUUCUCCCUCAACGCUUUUUUUUUUUUUCCCCUGCCACGAGAAUUUUAACGCCUCUACCGGGAAGGUUUUCACAGGAGAACGGGACACAUGCUGGAAAACUCACCACCCUUCAUAAGAAUCACGCGGGGAGCAGUUUCCAUCAUCGCUGCGGUAUGAAAGGUACUCUUUGGAUUGUCUGCUGGUGGCUGAGAUGGAUCAGUCUCUCUCUGUUUCUGUUAGCGAUGUGCUGAAGGAUCUGGAUUUACUGAAAUACUGACGCCCAUAAACUUACCCGCUUUCUGUGGAAGGCAUUGGAUGUGACAGCGCGGAGAAACAUGUGUUUCACAUUUCUGACUGGUUGUUUUGGUGCAAUCAAUACCUCCACCAGAAACAUUGACUUAGGUGGCGAUUAUCAUACCGGGAGGCACGGGGAGUGCUGCUUUCGGGCUGCAUGCGGAGUGAGCACAAAUCAAAGAGUCUGCCGCUCCUGUGAAGUGGGGGGAUCGGCUCCCCCCAGACUGCGGGGCAAAGACAGGGGGGGAUGUACCCACCCCACCGCGGAGAGCCCGGCCUCGAGGUACGGCAUGAGCAAUGACCAAAGUGCUGUCAGGAGUGGCAGGCAGUCGGAUCGGAUGGGGAGCAGUGAGGCAAGAACAGUGGAUCGCGAAAUUACUGCCCGGAGGAAUAGCAGGCGAGGCGGAAUGAUGAUAAAGUUAAACUUCUGUUUCAUCUUCUGUCGGGGAUGGUGGGCGUUUCUGUUGCUUCAGCUCCACAUGUUGCAAGCACUGGCACAAGAUGAUGUUGCUCCAUACUUCAAGACUGAACCAGGCUUGCCUCAGAUACACUUGGAAGGAAAUCGACUUGUACUUACGUGCCUUGCCGAAGGCAGCUGGCCCUUGGAAUUUAAGUGGUUACGCAACGACAGUGAAAUAACCGCCUACUCCAGUGAAUAUAAGUACAUCAUCCCAGCUCUGCAGAGGUCUGAUGCUGGCUUUUAUCAGUGUAUCGUACGGAACAGGAUGGGGGCAUUGCUGCAAAGAAGAUCUGAAGUUCAAGUGGCAUACAUGGGGAACUUCAUGGACACAAACCAGAGAAAAACAGUGACUGAAGGACAAGCUGCAGUUCUAAACCUCCUACACAUACUCAGCUACCCAAGACCACAAGUAACAUGGUUUAGAGAUGGACACAAGAUUAUACCAAGCAGCAGAAUAGCCAUCACACUGGAGAAUCAGCUGGUGAUCCUUGCAACAUCAGUGUCUGAUGCAGGAGGCUACUAUGUCCAGGCGGUCAAUGAAAAGAAUGGAGAGAACAAGACAAGUCCCUUUAUUCAUCUCAGCAUAGCAAGUGCCACAGACCCAUCUGACACGGUGGCUCCCGUCAUUGUAAUCCCUCCCCAGAAUACCAGCAUUGUAGCAGGGAGCAGCGAUGUGACGCUGGAGUGUGUGGCCAAUGCAAGACCUCUGGAGAGACUAAGCAUGACCUGGAAGAGAAAUGGAAUAAAAAUAACCAGUGGCAUUAGCAGUUUUGGGAGACGACUCACUAUCACCAACCCAACCUCUGCUGAUGUGGGGAUGUACUUCUGUGAAGCAAAAUUGAGAGACAGCACAGAGGAGCCAGCAAGAGCAAGAGCCUUCCUUUCUAUAAUGGAACCACCGUAUUUCACGGCUGAACCUGAGAGUGUGAUUUUGGCUGAAGCAGACAAAGACGUGGACAUUCUGUGCCAGGCAAUGGGUGUUCCCAUUCCCACCCUUGUCUGGUAUAAGGACUCUGUUCCCCUCAGCAAGCUGGAAAACCCCCGCUACAAAGUACUGCUGAGUGGUGGGCUCCGGAUCCACAAGCUGCAUCCUCAGGAUGCUGGAAUCUUCCAGUGUUUUGCUAGUAAUAAAGCUGGGGAGAUACAGACAUACACCUACCUGGAUGUGACCAACAUUAAACCAGCAUUUAUACAGCCUCCAGAGGAUACCACUGUCACGGAGGGGAUGACCGCCGUGCUAGCCUGUGAAGUUUCAGGGGCUCCAAAACCCGCCAUUUCCUGGAAGAAAGGAAGCCAGAUCUUAGCCAGUGGCUCAGUUCGGAUUCCUCGGUUCAUUCUUCUUGAAUCUGGAGGGCUCCAGAUAACACCCGUUUUCCUUCAGGAUGCUGGCAAUUAUACUUGCUGUGCAGUCAACUCUGAAGGAGCUCUGAAUGCUUUUGUGAUGCUGACAGUCUGGAAUCGCACUGUCAUUGUUCAUCCUCCUGAGAAUAGCACGGUGAUCAAAGGAACCACAGCAACUCUGCGAUGUGAAGCAACUCAUGAUCCUAGAAUUUCAAUCAGGUAUCUUUGGAAGAAGGACAGUGUUGUAAUAAAUCCAUCCAGCACUUCCAGGAUCACAGUAGAGAAAGAUGGCACCCUCCUCAUCAGUCAGACAUGGUCUGGUGACAUUGGAGACUAUACCUGUGAGGUCAUUUCUCUUGGAGGAAAUGACUCCAGAAUGGCUCGACUAGAAGUGAUUGAGCUGCCUCAUUCCCCUCAGAAUCUUCUGGCCACUCUAAAUUCCUCAUACAGCCGCAGUGUGAUGCUCUCCUGGGUGCGCCCCUUUGAUGGAAACAGCCCUGUUCUCUACUACAUGGUCGAGCUCUCCGAGAACAAUUCUCCCUGGAAGGUUCACCUCUCAAACCUUGACCCAAAGAUGACCGGUGUCACUGUGAGUGGACUAACUCCAGCCAGAACCUACCAGUUCAGGGUGUGUGCUGUUAACCAGGUGGGAAAGGGCCAGUACAGCUCUGAGACCAGCAGGCUGAUGCUACCUGAGGAGCCCCCAAGUGCUCCACCUAAAAACAUAGUGGCCAGUGGGCGCACCAAUCAGUCUAUCAUGGUCCAGUGGCAACCUCCUCCCGAGAGUGAACAUAAUGGAGUUCUUCAUGGGUAUGUCCUAAGGUAUCGCCUGGCCGGCCUCCCUGGAGAAUACCAGUAUAAGAACAUCACCAGUGCAGAAAUCAACUACUGCUUAGUGAAAGACCUGAUCAUUUGGACCCAGUAUGAGAUCCAAGUGGCAUCUUACAAUGGAGCUGGGCUGGGAGUAUUCAGCAGACCUGUGACAGAGUACACUUUACAGGGAGUGCCUACAGCUCCACCACAGAAUGUGCAAGUGGAAGCUGUGAACUCUACAACCAUCCAGUUCCUCUGGACCCCUCCACCCCAGCAGUUCAUCAAUGGUAUUAACCAAGGAUACAAGCUUCUAGCAUGGCCAGUGGAUACUCCAGAGACUGUGACUAUAGUCACCAUUGCUCCAGAUUUUCAUGGUGUUCAUAGUGGCUGCAUCACCAACCUGAAGAAAUACACUACUUACUACACAUCAGUUCUGUGUUUCACCACACCUGGCGAUGGACCACGCAGCACACCCCAGCUCCUGCGCACCCUUGAAGACAAGCCAGGAGCAGUGGGACAUCUGAGUUUUACUGAGAUUCUGGACACAUCUCUCAAGGUCAGCUGGCAAGAACCAGUGGAGAAAAAUGGCAUCAUUACAGGGUACCAGAUCUCCUGGGAGGUGUAUGGCAGGAAUGAGUCUCGUUUUGCCCGCAUGCUGCCUAACACCACGCUGGAGUACAAGAUCACAGGGCUGUCAUCACUCACUACCUACACCAUUGAGGUGGCAGCUGUGACUGCAAAAGGGAGUGGAUGGAUUACGUCUUCCACCAUCUCUUCUGGUGUGCCCCCAGAGCUUCCAGGUCCUCCAUCCAACCUGGUGAUUUCCAACAUCAGUCCUCGCUCUGCCACACUUCAGUUCCGGCCAGGCUAUGAUGGCAAAACCACCAUCUCCAAGUGGAUAGUUGAAGGCCAGGUUGGUGUACUGGGUGAUGAAGAAGAGUGGGUGAGCCUUCAUGAGGUUGAGAAUGAACCUGAUGCUCAGAUGCUAGAGGUACCAAACCUUACUCCUUACACUCAUUACAGGUUCCGGAUGAGGCAGGUGAACGUGGUGGGCCCCAGCCCAUUGAGCCAACCCUCCCGCGUCAUCCAGACACUGCAGGCCCCACCAGACGUGGCCCCUGGGAGUGUCACCGCACGCACAGCCAGCGAGACCAGCCUCCGGCUGCGAUGGGUGCCCCUCCCUGACACACAAUAUAAUGGCAAUCCAGAGUCAGUGGGGUACAGGAUAAAGUUCUGGCGUGUGGAUGUGCAGUCUCCCGCCCUGAUGAAGGUUAUUAAUGACCGCUUGGAAAGAGAGUGCACAAUUGAAGAUCUGGAGGAGUGGACAGAAUAUGAACUGCAGAUCCAGGCUUUCAAUGCCAUUGGGGCAGGACCAUGGAGCGAAGUAGUGAGAGGUCGUACACGGGAGUCUGUUCCCUCUGCUCCUCCUGAGAAUGUCUCUGCUGAAGCUGUGAGUUCAACCCAGAUCCUUCUGACAUGGACCGCAGUCCCCGAGCCCGAGCAGAACGGUCUCAUCCUGGGUUACAAGAUACUUUUCAAAGCAAAAGAUUUAGACUCUGAGCCAAAGAGCCAAGUAGUAAGAGGUAACCACACACAGUCUUUCCUCCUGUCUGGUUUGCGGAAGUAUGUGCUCUAUGAGAUCCAGGUACUGGCUUUCACUCGUAUCGGAGAUGGAGUCCCUAGCUCUCCUGCAGUUGUAGAAAGAACAAAGGAUGACGCUCCUGGGCCACCUGUGAGGCUGGUGUUCCCUGAGGUGAGGCUAACAUCCGUACGGAUCGUUUGGCAGCCGCCAGAGGAGCCCAAUGGAAUUAUUCUGGGGUAUCAGAUCGCCUACCGUCUGGCCAGCAGCAGCCCAAACAAGUUCACAACGGUGGAGGUUGGCUCUACAGUCAGGCAGUUUACUGCUACAGAUCUCACCCCUGAGUCAGCAUACAUCUUUCGGACAUCUGCCAAGACCAGGCAGGGCUGGGGGGAGCCUCUGGAAGCCACAGUGAUCACAACAGAAAAAAGAGAACGACCAGCACCUCCCAGGCAGGUGAUGACCCCCCAGGGUGAUGUGACAUCACGGAGUCUGCUGUUGGCGUGGGUCCCUGGAAGUGAUGGAUCUUCACCAAUACGAUAUUUUACAGUCCAAGUGCGAGAACUGCCAAAUGGAGACUGGCAAACCUACUCCUCUUCCAUCAGCCACGAGGCAACAUCCUGCAUUAUUGAAAGCUUGAACCCCUUCACCUCUUACAAACUGCGAGUGAAAGCAACCAAUGACAUUGGAGACAGUGACUUCAGUGCAGAGACUGAGGCAGUCACAACUCUGCAGGAUGUUCCAGGUGAACCACCCAGUUCUGUGUCAGUAACUCCUCAUACGACUUCAUCUGUCCUUGUGCAGUGGCAGCCACCCAAAGUUGAGAGUCUAAAUGGCUUGCUCUUGGGAUACCGGAUCUACUAUCGGGAGCUGGAUUAUGACACUGGACCUGGAACAGAAACCAAAACCAUCCAGAGCCCUUCAGCUUUAAGAGCAGAGCUCACACCCCAAAGCAGCUUCAAGACAGUGAACAGCAGCUCUGCAUUAACGACGUAUGAAUUAACACAGUUGAAGAAAUACAAGAGAUACGAAGUAUUAAUGACAGCAUAUAAUAUAAUUGGUGAGAGCCCUACCAGCGCACCAGUGGAAGUGUUUGUGGGUGAAGCAGCACCAGCGCUGGCCCCACAGAACAUCCAAAUAAACUCCCUUUCUGCAAGCCAGUUGGAGCUCACCUGGGACCCACCUCCGGCUGACAGCCAGAAUGGGAACAUCCAAGGCUACAAGAUUUAUUACUGGGAGAGUGACACCCAGAAUGACACAGAGAAAGUGAAGGUCCUUUUCCUUCCGGAGACAACUGUCCGGCUCAAGAACCUGACCAGCCACACACGGUACAUGGUCUGCAUCUCCGCGUUCAAUGCAGCCGGGGAUGGCCCCAGAAGCAGCCCCUCACAGGGCAGGACACACCAGGCCGCACCCAGUGCUCCCAGCUUCUUGACGUUCUCGGAGAUCACUUGCACGACACUCAAUGUGUCCUGGGGCGAGCCGACAGCAGCAAAUGGAGUCCUGCAGGGUUAUCGAGUAGUCUAUGAGCCCUUGGCUCCCAUCCAGGGGGUAAGUAAGGUAGUGACUGUGGACAUAAAAGGGAACUGGCAACGCUGGUUGAAGGUCCGAGAUCUCACCAAAGGUAUGACCUAUUUAUUCAAAGUGCAAGCCCGAACCAUCGCCUAUGGACCUGAGCUGCAAGCCAACAUUACAGCUGGGCCAGCAGAAGGGUCUCCUGGCUCCCCUCAGGAAAUUCUGGUGACAAAAUCUGCUUCUGGGCUGACACUACAAUGGACUGAGGGAGAUUCAGGAGAAAAACCUACAACUGGCUACAUUAUAGAGGCACGACCCUCAGAUGAAGGACUGUGGGAUAUGUUUGUGAAGGACAUCCCUCGCAGUGCUACCUCCUACACAGUUGGCCUGGACAAACUCAAACAGGGUGUGACCUAUGAAUUUCGGGUGGUGGCUGUCAAUGAAUUUGGCUAUGGAGAACCCAGUGUUCCCUCUGUGGCAGUAUCAGCGCAAACAGAAUCGCCUUUCUAUGAGGAGUGGUGGUUCCUGCUGGUGAUGGCACUUUCAAGUCUGAUCCUCAUCCUCCUGGUGGUGUUUGCAUUGGUCCUGCAUGGCCAGAGCAAGAAGUACAAGAACUGCGGUGCAGGUAAAACCAUCUCCAAUGUGGAAGAGUCGGUCACCCUGGAUAAUGGAGGCUUCACUGCUCUGGAGCUCAAUAGCAGACACCUGAUCAAGAGCACCUUCUCAAAGAAAAAUGGAACCAGGUCUCCUCCUCGCCCAAGCCCAGGGGGGCUGCACUACUCUGAUGAGGAUAUCUGCAACAAGUACAACGGAGCUGUGCUGACCGAAGGCUUGGGCCUCAGUGAGAAGCCCUUAGAGGUAUCAGAGUCAGAGGCCACUGACUCAGAUUAUGAAGAUGAGUUGCCAAAGCACUCCUUUGUGAACCAUUACAUGAGCGACCCCACCUACUACAACUCAUGGAAGCGGCAGCAGAAAGGUGUGAAGCACCCAGCAUCCUACAGAUAUGAGGAGUGCGCCGCCAGCGAGACAGAACCCUAUUUCCAGACUGUCAUCACGACACAGAGCUCAGGAGGGGUGUACACCCCAAUGGGACAGCCUGCGCCCGGCUCCCGGACUCCAGUGACAGGGUUCUCCUCCUUUGUUUGAGACGGGAAUGGAGGAUGGAGCCGAACUGCCGGCGGCACUCGGAGGGGGGGACCCGGCGCAGUGACUAUGUGUGCGGUGAACUGUGGGUAACUUCUCUAUCAGGGUAGAAAUGGAUGGGAACACGGAUGAGGCUGGGGUUUGGGUAUUUUUCCUGAAGACAAUCAACUCUGAGAACAUGGAGCUGAACGAGCUGAACCUUUGUUUAAAAGAGGAAAAAAAAAAAAAAAAGGAAUUCUGAAAAGUGAUGAUUUUAACCACUUGUGAAUAGUAGGGGUUUUUUAACUGCUUUUUGUAACACUGCUUCAGGAAGCAGCUCCCACACCCUUCUCUUUCCUCUUUCUUUCUCUCCCCUCCUUCUGUCCUGCCUUUCCCAAACAAGGAGGUGAAUUCCCUAGAUGCAAUGAGUGACUUUGUAAUGUGAUUUGAAGAGAAAACAUAAAACCUCCCAGGCUCCUUUUUCUUUUGUUUUUUCUCUAGUUUUUCUUUUUUCUUUUUAACUUUUCCCUGCCAUCAAAGCCAAGUAGGAAGACAUAAAAGGGACAAAUUCUUACAUGAAAAGCAGACAUCUCUCUCCUCAUUGCUGCUCCCCAGAUUAAGAGCACUGGCUGAUCAGUUUAGGGUCAGAUGUGUCUGCUCUAGGCUCACUACCAGUGUAUUUAUACUGCAUUAUUGACCUGCUUUUCUUUGUUGUUCAAAUGGGACCUGCUGCAUUCUUUAAUAUUCCAACUCCAGGACCUUUGGAAGAGGAGAUGGCUCAAAAGAGCACUGUAGGCAGUAGUGGGUGAAGGAAGUGGGAAGAAUUCAGAUGCAAGGUCAGUUUAUUUUUGGUGUGGCUCUGAUCCUCCCUCAUGGACUGCAUGUACCAUUUGAAUUGGUCACUUUUAAGAAGUCAGUGGACACAACCCAGCAAGCCAGAGGAAUCUCUUCAGUUAAGACUGCACCAACAAGCUAGAGAGUCUACUAACUGAUGAGGUUUCUGAUCAUCAAAGUUAUCCUGCCCUGUCAAUAGCAGUUGAACACCCUUUCUUGCCCAGACUCCACAGUACUGCUUACUGGUGUGUAAACCAGUACACAGUAGCUGGGUUUGUUUGAUUUGAUUGUGCAAAGACACAUCGCACAGACUGGGUGAGUUUUGGUGUCCACAGGUGCCUUUUAUUGAUUCUUCAGCUUUGUAUCUGGCAGAAGUGUCUCCAAAUACAGCUAACCAGGUUCUGCAAGCAUUAGGGUCAUGAAUUACCUUGCACACAUUUACAGUCUUCUUUGUGCCCUUGAAGCUAUAGCCUUUGAAAGAAGAGAGAGGAUUUUUAGUUCGUUUUCCAUCCUUUUGUAUAAGUCACUUUUUGUUUUCUUCUUUUCUGUCCUUUUCCUGAGUCUUGUCAUGUUUUUGCAGUAAGUUGUUUAUGUGCAAGGAAGUUAUCAGUUUAAAGAGAAUCCAAGUCCAACCCUUGGACCUAACAAGAGCCCUGGAUCACCAUACAUUUUAACCACAAGAGUUCUAAAGCUGAAUUUGGAAGUAGGCAAGUCCUUGCCACUCCAGCAUCUGGCAUUUCCUCCCAGAUGAAUGUAAGUCAGCCAGGACAAUUGAUACCCUGCUGCUUCCUGACAUCCCAUCAGGGCACAUGUGGGCACUGCUAUUGCAAAUUGUCCCUGGCCUCUCUGGAGGGAUGUGGGACAGCUGUGGCACUGGGUGCUGGUGUCUUCAAGGCAGGUUAGUGAAAUCAACCUGGCAUUGAUUACAGUGCUGCCUGUUCCUGCCCACAGGGGGUGGUUGGAAGUAGCCUGGUGGCAUCUCACCUGAACAGUUGAGGUCCAAGGGCAAGCUCAGCCUUGCUGUCACAUUUCAGUGCCUCUUGGGCAGGGCAGACAAGCUCAGAACUGCUUUUCCUCUUUGGCAAUGCCUCCAAGCACUGCUGCUCUUGGUGCAUACACGUUCUGGAUAGCUUUGGCACUGGAUUGCUGUUCCUCUCCAAAGGCUCCAGAAAGAAAAAGUUCAAAACCAAAAACUCCAGUGGGUGUGUUUAAGGGCUUUUGAGUUUGGGAUAAUGAUCCCCACACAGCUCCUUAGAUGGCAAGGAAUAUACAAAGACAUGAACUUGAGCCAAACCCUUGUGAGCCGUCCUCCUCUCUGCACCUGCAUAGGAUGUGUGUGGGAUGGAGAAGGGGCUCUAAAAGAAUGACUGAGCUUACUGUGAAGAGGAAUGCAAAGCAAACAAAACCCCCACUGCCUUCUGUGCACUUUGACUGUUCUCUUAAGCCAUAUGGACUUUGCUUUAAUUACUGAGCUGCCAAAAUUUGUUUGCUGUCUGAUUUUUUUUGUUGUUGUUUCUUAGAGAAAAUCAUCUACAUGCCUUUCUGAUUUGUUUUCUUUGUCUUUUGUUAUUUCCUGCAUCAGAUUACGUAUUUUAAACACCUUGUUUUAUAUCCAUGUGACAUAGCAAUGCAAUUGCUGUCGGAAUUUUAGUGGUGCUUAUCCAACGGGUAUGAGAAGUAGUGCUGUUCAAGGACCACUAAGGGCUUAGGGCUAUAGAUUAGUAACAAGUAGAUGGAACACUGAAGAGUUUGUUCCAAAGGAAAGCAUAGUGCAAGCAGCUCUGUAUCUCCUGAGUAUUGCCAGAUCUGUAUCGGUGUAAGGUGCAGUUAAUCCCUGGGGCUGAUCUGAUACCUCAUUGAGCAAAAAAGCAAGGGAACAAUGAGGAAUAAAGGAAAUGGACUUUGUGGCCACUGCUCCACUGAAUGACAGCGUGGGGAGCAGCACGAUUUAUACAAAGUGAGGAGAAGAGACUGUUCCUUUUUUCUCAGAGCCAUCUGCUGCUCAAAAGCCUGAGCUUGCUGAGUUGGCUGUAUGGCUCUUUUCUUCUGGCUGCUGCCAAAAUAAUAGGUUAGGUGUGAUUCCUUUAGGACCUGUUGAUCCAAACAAAGGUAUUUCUGUUCCAGUCCAGUCCACAGUGGUUUUAUUUUACUUAAGCAAUUGCAGAGCAUGGAAGUGCACUGCCCUGCUCAUCCAUGAGAUGAGCAUAGGAUGUGUGUUCUGCUGGCCAGGAUCCUGCAUAGCUACAUGCAUGAUGCCUGUGCCUUCUUGUUAACGUGUAGUAAGGAAAUAUGAUUAAUGGGUAGAUUUUAUUUACCUCAGAUAUCAGGUAAACUGUUCUAUCUGGAAGGAAGCACUCCAUCAGUUAGCAAGAAAGCUUUAUUUCAUAGGUGUAAUCUCUGGGAAUCACAGCCUUGAAAUAUGCCUUUUAAACAUUAGUUGUCAUGUUACAAUAACUUCACCCAUCAAAUCCACUUCUCUUUCUGUCUUCUUGUUUAGAACAAUCUUGAAAAAUGAAGGCUUAUAUUUAAAACACGUUCUUAGGAUAUUUUGUUUAUUUACUUAGCAAUGAUUCUUGGGGUCUCUUGGUGCUGGAUUUAAUAGGAGCUCAUUUUUCAUGCAGUAGCCAUGGAAAUAUCCAAUUUCCUGCAGGAAAAAUGUGGCCAAGUGUCCAUCCCCCUCCCAGGGCUGAGAUGACACCAGCCAUCACCAUCACCAGUGCUCCUGUUGCUCCCAGUGGCACCAAACCUCAAGUUGUACCUAUCAUAAAUCAUGUGCAAAAGAGCACAUAAGUGAAAAAGAUGUACCACUCCACUCAAAGUGGAGCAUUUUUAUCCCCCCGGAGUCAGUAUGACACAUAAUCUUCAGCACAGCCCACACCUUUGGGUGGAAUAUUUUCCAUUCCCAUCUUUUAAUCCUCCAAUUUUGGUGCACUACCAGUGCUGCUUGGGUGCAAGUGGCAGCAGUGAGUAGGGACUGGAGAGGGAGCUGUUUUACUUUCAUUGGAAGUCUCUUUUUCCCUACCCUGAGAGUCACCUCUGUGAAACUCCUUCAUGGGGAGGGCAUGGAGAAGGGAGAGCCCAGAGCAAGGGGUUUCAUCAGUGGUUGCUAAACGAAUCACACCAUGACCAGUGAUCCCGCUUUGGAAGCAGUUGGCAUUACUGGAGAGAAGGAAAAAAAACAUCCAGAAAAAGAAAACUAAUCCAUUACCCAAAAGGAUUAUUUUUUCCCUCUUCAUUUUGAGUGUUAAAGCCAGUGAUGCUUUUCAGGUGGUCCAGGAUCUCAUUUUCCUGUUUAUACCCAGGUCUCUGCCAGAAGCUGCUGCAGCAGUUGUUUAGAAUAAAUGUCCAAAUCUGUCUUGACACAAGGAUGCAUUUAUUAUCCUUGUCAUUGCUUCCCUCAAGAAAUCCAUUGGGUCAUCCAAAGAUUAUCCAGUCUGCUCUCCAAAACAAGGAGGAGAGAUGGCUGUUUAUACAUACAGAGCGCUGGUGUCUUCUCCCACUUGCUGGUUUUAGAUCAUGCAGGGCAACUUGUUUCUGAAAAAUCCUUUUAGAAAAGGAAUUUACUGGGAAAUGUCAAAAACUAAACCCCAAAAUUAUCCCACAAGAAAGAUAACCCUUAGCAGGGCCACUGGAAUUCCUGAAGUCCUAGAAACCUGUGAGAUCUAAAACUGAAUGUGAUUCCUAGACCUCCUAUCUGUAGUGAUCUCCUUUGUCAAUAGCAGUCAGAAGGGCAUGUGCAAUGAGGGGUUGUGUUUGGAGAGGAAAAGCCAACACAGAGCAGUUGCUGGAUGGGCAGGUUGUACUGCAAACAGCUUCAUCCAACCUGGAGCUCCUGCUAGUUCAGUCACAUUUCUUAGGUUGUUUUCAUAGGGUUUUGCUGAUGUGUGGAGUCCAUACAUCAUCAUGGCAAUACUAGAGGUCACAUGGGGAGAGGUAUGUUGCCGUGGUGUUUACACAAAGCCACAUGCAUGACCACAUGGUUGUACAGUAUCCAUUGAAAUCGCCUUAGGGAAAGCCACCUUUGAAUUAGUAGCACAUUUACUGAACAUUUUGGGCUGGGCAUGGGCAUUAAAUAGCUCCACCUAACAAGUCCCUUCAGUUCUUUAUACUUCUGUAUCCCUUCUCCCCUGCAUCUCCACCCCCAGCCCUCCCAGAUAAAGUUGGCUUUGUACUUUGUGAAGGUGUAAAGUUUGCCACUCCUGGUAGAAGAGAGCCACAACCGAUAAGCACACACAUAACACAUUGAACAAGUGAGAUCUGUUUGAACAACAAGUGAGAUACCACUGGGACUUGAAAUUCAGGCUCCGACUCAGAACUCUGUCUUUUCAAAGCUGCCACCUUCCCAUUUUAAACGGCCUUGGAGUCUCAAGACUUAGCAGGAAAUUCAUUAUUUUGAUACUGUUUGAUCACUGUGCACUUUCUUGGGGCUUGAAUCACUGGAUGUAGAGACUGGAAUGGGGUUACAGAGCUUUAUAUUGGAGUGCUUUCCCAUUUAUGUCUUAUUCUCUAGAUCUGGGAAUGACACCUUUCUGCUACCAUGUGGUGGAAUUCUGCAAGAGGGGCAGCUAGGAAGCACCAUGGGUGCUCCCCCUUUGAUGUUGUCAUGCUCCUGGGCAGUGCUGGGACCUGUCACAGUGUGGUGGGAGCUCUUGGGUAGCAGAAAGAUGCAAGGACACCGUGUUAUGGAGAGUUUGUAGCCGCUCACUUUGCCACUCUUGGGAUGGAAUCCAUCCUCUGAUUUGGUAUCUGCUGUCAGUUUAGGGGUAGGAGCACCUUACACAGCUGUGUUUGAGUUACCCUUCAGUGUACUACGGUUAUCAGAUCAUUGCUUUUAAUUCAGUGUCUCCUUGGGGAUUUGCCCUGGAUUUUUGUUCCACACCUCUUGUUAGCCUCACCUUCACCACUCCACUAUUUUAUAUGAGAAAGUUACUUCUUCUUUUGCAAACUUGCUUCUAAUUAAAAGAACCCUUUUGGAAA